ACUUGCUCUCAUAUACUAGCGCAAGGGUUCAAUUACUCAACCUCCGCUGCACUACUCAAGUAUCUUGUACAACUGGGACUUAGUCUCUGAAAAGAUCCUAAGGGCAAUUCUCAGCCCAACAACUGGCAUUGGCACGACAUUGCAGAUCAGAUUGUGUACCUGAGCAAACAGCAUCGUGUACAUGAGAGCAGCUUCGGGCUAAGGAAAACCUGCAAAUCUAGUUCUGCGCCAUGAUUAGCUAGCCAGCCCUUUCAGUGAUAGACCUCCUUCGCAGCAGCAGCUGGUCUGGAGGAGCCCACAGGCAUGCCCAAUAGGAGGAGCCUCGGCACUGAGCUGAGGUGAGGAAUGCCAAUGUCUAGCUGGAUCUCUCCCCCUUUUUCAGGUCCCAUUUCUCCAGCAGCUGGAGCAGCAGAGCAUACUGCAACUCAUGUGCCCAGGGGAAGCUCGAAGGGGUUCAACUGGAGCUGGAUCGCUCCCCCUUCUCAGGCCCCAUCUCCCCUGCCACCAGAGCAGCCGCGCCUAGCUGCGACUCAUCUGUCCCGAGGGGCAGUGAUGAGGAGCCCAAGGGAAUGCCGAUGGGAGGAGCGUCCGUGUGGAGCCCUGCUAUGCCAGCAGCAGCGCUCUCAGCUGCCGACUCCAUGGCCUGCAGGCAGCAAGGACAGGAGAGGAGAGCACACACGGCGUUACACUACAUUGCAGACCUCUAAACAAGGCGGUAACUACAGCUGGGCGCGAAGCCAGCAGUGCUCAACCGAUGACCCCCCAUGGCCUGAGGAAGAAGAGGGUGGUGGGGCGGAAGAAGAGAGUAUUGGGGCGGAAGAAGAGGAGCCAUGGCGUCUGAGUCAACUAAAGCGGGAAGCGGAUGCACGGUCACUCUCAAGCUCACCUCUUUGGUGUGACUCCAAGCCGAAGCUGCCAUGUCCUUGGUCCCUCCCACCACCCCGUCAACUGACGGCAUGGAUGGCAUGGGAGGCAUGGGAGGCAUGGGAGGCACCGCUCCUCCCAUCGCAUCACCACCCAGCGCUCCCAGCACCUCCCCUCCUUCCGCCUGCCGCGCUACUCCCCUCCCCCCUUCAGAAGCCCUCAGCGCCUCCAGCUCCUCAAACCCUAACGCGGCCUGCCAUCCCGCCGUCUCCUCCUCGUCUAUUCCCCCCUCAACUCCCGCGUCAAUCUGUGCUCCAGCCGUCUCCUGCCAGUCCACGUCAGCUUCGAUUGGCGAAUCCUGCAGGUACACGUCGGAUUCGACUUCCAUCGCCUCCUGAUGCUCUGGUGGCUCCUGCUGCUGCUGUUUCUGCGGCAAUGGCUGCUGCAGCUGCAGCUGCUGCUGCUGUUGCUCCGACCUAAACAGCUGGAUUCUCGGUAGUCAGAAUAAGAGGAGAUUCUCCUCCAAGAUUUACAGCAGCGUCGCUGCAAGAACGCGCAACAGCAGGGGUAGAGCUGGACCGCCACGAAGUGAAACCACCGCACGCAGCUAUCGCCAAGACGUGACGACCUACGGAACGGAGUGUACCGCCGCGAAGUGAAACCACCUUAUUGGAAAAUCGCCAGCAGUACUUGUCAAGGCUAUCUAUUACCGCGAUAGUUCUUCACAGGAAACGCGACUGGCGACGGAAAGCGGCUACCUCGUGCUCACGAGGCUAUCUCGCAGGGUGUUGAGAAAUUUCUCAAAAACGCCAUGCAUACGGGCGCGGGAAAGUCCGAGCGACGGGUUGGUGCUCCAGAGGCGCGUCUCGGAAGAGGCUCGUGCACAUGAACCUCGAGAAUCUGCCACGUGGCGACAUGAUGAUGCGAGCAUUCCUCCGCGAAGAACCCUCUCCGGCAAAACGGGAAUUCCUCCGGCACUUCGCCCAGGACUCCCAGGUCAUGGGCUUGUCAUGUCCGCUCUGGCUUGCGCGCUUUGGAUUGCGCGCUGUAUCGAGCGCAAGCCACCAAAGCGCGCACACUUUGACUCGAAGCAGCUUUGAGAGAGAGACUUGGGUUCGACGGACAACCACCGCCGCCAUCCGCGGCGGUCAUCACGGCGAGUGAACGAGGCGCCAUGCAGCGAGAUGAGCUGUAGCUGGAAUUGCCAUUUCCAUUCGUGGCGAAAAAAAAAGGGGUCGGGGAAAUGUCUUGAUCUGCUUAGCGUACUCAGUCAGCAUUAUGCCCUGCUUUGAUCAAACCCGCCUACAUACUCGUUAAGAGCUUCCACCCCCUGGUUGGUUGUGCCUUCACAAUACCCGUCACUUGACCUUACUGAAAUCCA